CGCAUGAGCCGUACAAUGUACUGCUACACUACUGGCACUGAUCUCGCCGUGGAUCUCGCCUUGUAGAGGAUCAUACCGUAGCCAAGCGUGGGUCUAUUCAAGCAAGCUCACUUGCAGAUCGUCUUAGACAAUGCGGUCAAAGACGCUUACGCCGGUACCUGGUCCAAGCAACGGCAGCGUCUUGCCUGACGGCGCGACUGUGAUCAAACGCCUGCACAUCUCGGGUCUGACACCUUCGUUGUCGCAGCACGAUAUCAUCUCCCGGUUUUCCUCCUUUGGCCUGCAAGUUCUCAAUAUAGAUACCUGGUCGCACGAGUCAUCGUCAUCGUUGCAACCAUCUUCUGCGCCGUCUGGAGCGUCAACGAAUCUGGACGGGAAACCGUAUGCUUUCCUCGACGUCUCUAUCCCUUCAGAAGACGCUCAAGCAACAGUGAAGCUCGAAAGGAUCAAGCGUCUGCUGAGCGGAACCAUUUGGAAAGGUGCCAAACUGAGGAUCGGGGACGCGCGGCCGGACUUCAGGCAAAGGCUCGAAGCGGAAAGGAUGGCCCAAUCCGCGGAUGGAAGUGCUGACCGGUCGAAGAAACGCAAGAGGAGCAAGGUGCCAGGCACAGUUGGGCUAGAAGCGAAGAAUAAGGAUGUACCUGUCACAUCCGCGGACGUAGAAAAUGGGCUUUGGGGAUGGAAGAAGACACCAGCAGGCCACCUGAUUCGACCCAUGCACAUGCGUCCCGCACACGGCCUGCCGCCUCCACAGCCGCUAAGGUCAUUGGCCAUCGCUGGCUCAUCGAAACCUAAUUCCAAGCCCAAGACUUCCAAGGGCAAAGACAAGGUGGCCAAUGCUACCAGCGUCGCUGGCCGACCGGCUUCUUCGGGUGCCGGGAAGAAACGCAGCACGAAAAGAGUAAAGAUCGUCACAAUCGAUCCUACGCGAUACCCACGCUCGCAUCUAACAGGGAUGCUCCUUGAGCAGGAUGCAGAGACGGUUGGCUCGGCUGGGGUCCCAGAAGGAGGCUACUGGGUCUGCGAAGCAACCGAUGCCAGUGGCGGAGACGAAGGUGAAGGCGACAACGCCGAGAUGGAGGGUAUGGACGGUAAGGUAGAGGAAAGGCAAAGCCAAGCGCGCGUGAAGUGGAUACUUAAGGAUCGAGAUGGGAGCAUCGUGCGAAUUGAGAUCGUCGAUGCGAAGUCGGGCAAUCGGAUGCAUCGAACCCCUCGCCUCAACGGAAAGGCGCUCGUUGGCCGGGUGUUGGAUGGAGACCAGGAGGCCACGUCAUCUUGCGCAUCAUCAGCCGAAAGCACCUCCGAAGACGAAGCUGCAGGCGAAAGUACGGUCAUCUCGUCCGAUUUGGACGACAGCCAAGGACAAAACGGGAGCGUCGCGAAGCGCCCCACUGCCGCGGGUAUUGCUAGCAGCAUAGGCGAUGCCCAAAAAAAUGACACGUGGCGAUUCAAAGCCUAUGACCCAGACGCGGAGGCCGACUUUUCAGAUGGCUAUGACGAAGCUGCGGCCGGGGCGGUACCAGCAAACGCAGCAUCAGCAGCGUCGGACUUUGACGCUGAAAGGUGCGGAACACUUGGACUCCUAGCUAAGAUGUUCGGACAAGGUCUCAAUCCAGAGGAAGCGACGGACGUGGGCCGCGCGACAGGGCCUUUCACGGAGGACUCGGAGGACGAUGACGAGGAAGCUCCCCAAGAGAAGCGCGAUGGAUUUUCAUCAUAUCAAGCAACGCAAAGCACAAGGCCACAGGUAGCGGGAGCAGAAGCCGCCAUCGCUGCAUUAUCUGCUAACCAAACCCAAGCAGAUACUGCGAUCGCUAAUAGCAGGAGCAGGCGUGCGGCGUUACUGGCUGCUGCAGCGCAGACUCAGACUCUGGAAGGCUCUAGCUCCUCUUAUGAGCCUCCCUCUCGAUUUGUCCCACCUGCAGAGCAAUACGCCAACACGGUGACUGCUCCGGCUUCGGCUUUGCAGUCGCCUUCCGAUCAUAGCUCCGAUAGCGAAGACUCAGACCUCAGCACCGAGGAGGCUAAACAUGCAGUCAUUGCUCAAAAGAUUGACGGAGAUAGCGUUGAUGACAAAGAAAAACGGGGAACCUGCUACCAGCUCAACAGUCUUAAGGACAUGUUUAAGCCAAAGGAAGCUGUUCCAGUCGGCGGUCAAUUUUCCAUCAUGGCUGGACUUGACCUAGAGCUGGACGACGAGCUGGACUUUGAGCUCGAUGCUGAAGCUGAGCAAGGUGUUGAGGGCUCGCCUAUAGAGCUGUCGACUAUGGACGCUGCGCAGACUCGGCCUGCAGACUCAGAAGCAGGCUAUGUUCAAGGAACGACGCUGCAGCCCCACCCUUUCCCUGUGUUCGACCCAAGCAACUCGCGAGACAUGAUUCAACUUCUGCAGAAAACAGGAUCGUUCAUUCCAUUCUGUCGUACAGACACUGAAGAGGAGAUCGAGGCCCGUUGGGAGGAACACAAGGGUCGCCUGACGCAGGAGUACAAGCGCAGGCAUCGAGAGGCUGUCAAGAAGAAAAAACGUCGCGUCACGGGAAGCCGAGCUGCGGGCAGUGCCGGACAGGGAGCUAUGAGGUCGGCUACGAGAGAUGGAGAUGGCGAUGUCUAAGAUGUAAAGAACCACUUGGCCGCAUAGAACAUGCAUAUGUAUCAAAU